AUGGUUCAGACACUGUUGACCUCAAUUGUUAAGGCCUACAGAUUCAUGGACAAGGAAUUGAAGAUGCAAGUGGAUGUUGAUUGCUUUUGUAGUGGUACUACUGCAGUUACUAUGUUUAAGCAGGGUCAACAUCUUGUUGUCGGAAACAUUGGGGAUUCAAGAGUAGUAUUGGGUACGAGGAAUAAAGAGAAUAAACUUGUUCCUUUUCAGUUAACUGAAGAUCUCAAACCAGAUGUUCCAGCUGAAGCAGCCAGGAUAAAGAGGUGCAGAGGACGUAUAUUUGCUCUCCGGGAUGAACCUGGGGUUGCCCGCCUCUGGCUUCCUAACCACAACUCACCUGGUCUGGCCAUGGCGCGUGCUUUUGGAGAUUUUUGCUUUAAGGACUUUGGUCUCAUUUCUGUGCCUGACGUGUCUUACCGACGCCUCACUGAGAAAGAUGAAUUUCUUGUCUUGGCAACUGAUGGGAUUUGGGAUGUAUUGACGAAUGAAGAAGUAGUGGAGAUUGUAGCGAAAGCACCAACACGUUGCACAGCUGGUCGAGCCUUGGUGGAAGCUGCAGUGAGGAAUUGGAGAUGGAAGUUCCCCACUUCAAAAGUCGAUGACUGCGCUGUAGUUUGCCUUUUCCUUGACUCGAAACCAGACAAAUUAUCAACUGCUUCUUUCUCAGUGGAUAAACACAUCAGCAAUGGCCUUACUGAACCUAAUACAACAUCAACGUCAACUCCAGGCUCGGGAACCGUAUCACCUGAGCUCAAUGGUGUCGAAGAGUCGACAGAAUCGACACACUCGUGA